AUGGCUGCUUCCCAUUAUUCUUACUCCAUGAGCACCAGAACACAAAUGGUGGUCUUCUUAGCAACGUACCAUUUCUCUCUUCAGUACCUCACUGUGUUUUGCUUUGAGUACCAACUUGGUGGCGAUAUUGGCUGGGUUGUCCCUCCUCCUAAUGACACCAAAAUCUACAAUGACUGGGCCUCUGAAAAUAGGUUUGAACUUGGUGACACAGUUCGUAUGUUGGACCAUUCAGAGGCAUUUUACUUCAUCAGUGGAGUUUCAGGGCACCAUGAGAAGGGGCAGAGAAUGAUCAUUACGGUCAUGUUAGAGGAUCAAGACUCUUCUUCUUCUUCUUCUUCUUCUUCUUCUCCAUCUGGUGGUGGCAGCAAUUCUGUGUUGGUUAAACAGCGGAAGUGA